ACUAUCGCAACUUUCAAACGACUCCUUACAAAAACUGCUUUCUGUUUCAGGCUUUCGGCCCAAAAACAGGGCAAAGCCAUGACCCUCGAAGCUCAUUCAUGAUAGCGCAUGCCGGACUGCGGAACCGCGAGUACCAAAAUCCAAAUCCCUAUCCAGCCCUCUUCAAUUCCGUCAAAUCGUUUUAAGCCCACCUUCCCUACUUUCCCUGACCGUGAGACUAUCUUCUCCAUCGAAGAAAGUUCCCGACAUCCCUUUUCUUCUUCUCGCGCCGGCAAAUCUGCCUCUCCGCCUUCGCCAAAGUAGGAAUUAGAAUCCUUCCGUCGGCUGGAGCUAGGAGGAGGCCUUUUCGCUACCACUGCAUAGGGUCAUUUUGGUAUGUUUCUCAUUUGUCUGGAAGUCUGAUUUUCGGGUCUCUUUUCCCAUACUCUCUGCUAGUUUAGUGAAUCUCCACUGAACUUAUUUCAAGCUGCACCUUCGCGAUUGUAUUCUUUAUAAUGGCGAGAGCUUCCGCUUCAAUUGCAACAUUCCUCCGCCAGUUUCGCGGUGAGACUCAAACCCAGGCGAGAAGGUUGACAGUAGAAUGCAGCGAGAGUGAAUCCAGUAGCAAUGGUUCUUCAGCUGGUAAUAAAAAUCUGAACUUUAGGCGGGAUGGUGGAAACCCAGGGUUGACGGUUGAAUGCAAAGAGAGUGAAUCCAGUAGCAAUGAUUCAGCUGGUAAUGAAAAUCUGGACUUUCGGCGGGAUAGUGGAAACCCAGAUUUGGGGGAAAUAGCUAAGGAGGUUUCUAACCUUAUUAGGACGAAACCCAGAUGGGAACAGACUCUCCGCUCCGAUUUCCCUUCAUUCAAUUUCGCGGACUCCCAAUUCUUUCAAGAGCUUCUCAAGCACCAAACCAAUGCAUUCCUUUUGUUCAAGGUCUUCCACUGGCUGCGCUCGGAGCUCGAUUUCAUCCCUAAUCAAGAUUGCUGCAACGCGUUGCUGAAUUCCCUUUUGGAUGCAAAUGCUGUCAAGGCUGCAAACUUCUUGCUUGAGCUCCCUGGUUUCGCUCCUGAUUUCGAUUCACUGCAGCAAUACAUCCAUUGUCUUUGUGAACAUGGAUUGAUUCACGAAGCAAUCGAUGUCCUCACAAAGCUUAGAGUGACCGGGAAAUUAUCACCAUCCAUCAAGACGUGGAAUUCGGUCUUACAGUGUUGCUUGAAGCUUGGGAAGACUGAUCUUUUAUGGAAAAUGUAUCAAGUUAUGAUAGAAACAGGUGUUGUUGCUGACAUUGAUACCGACACGGUCUUUUGUCUUAUUGAUGCUUUUGCCAAGGGUGGGGAAGCGGGGAAAGGAUAUGAACUCCUGAAACAACUCUUGAAAGAUGGCUUACCCUUGCAGAAUGCACCUUUCAUUAAGUUGAUAUCCGCGUUUGCCAAGAGAGGGGAAAAUGAUGUGGUCUCUGAACUUCUUCACACCAUGAUUGCAAGGAAAAUGAGACCGGAUGUUCAUACUUAUCAGGAAGUCAUCAAUGGGCUCUGUAAGAACGGUAUGUCACUUGAGGCCUUGAAGGUUUUCAACAAUCUUAAAGAUAGAGGGUAUGCAGUCGAUAGGGUUAUGUACACAACUAUAAUUCACGGUCUCUUCGAUUCGAAACAUGUUAGUUAUGCUAAGGAGCUUUGGUUAGAAAUGAUCAGGAAGCGGAUUGUUCCAAAUCACUACACAUAUAAUGCAUUGAUCCAUGGCUAUUUUAAGUCAGGAAAUGUCGAAGGAGCUAAGGAGUUGUACAAAGAGAUGAUUGAUAGAAGAAACUGUGGAGAAACCACUGUUGCUUAUAACACCAUGAUUACGGGGUUGUCCAGGAAUGGAAAGAUUGAUGAAGCUCUCGAAUUAUUCAAGAGCAUGCCGGAAAAGGGGAUGGUUCGAGAUCUGAUCUCGUUCAACACUCUAAUUCUCGGUCUUUGCAAAGAAGGGAGGACAGAUGAGAGCAGGAAGUUAAUAGAAGAACUGCUGGCACUUGGUCUGCAUCCAUCAGCUUCGACCUAUGGUCCUGUCAUUGAGAAGCUAUGUCUAUCUGGAGAUGUUCAAGAAGGUAUAAUCUUGUGGAACGAGAUGCAGAACAAGGGACUACAACCUAGCGCUUGGACUUAUCAUCAUUUCAUAGCUGGGUUGUGCAAGGAAAAAGGGUAUGAGACAAAAGCCAUGGAAUGGCUGUUUGUUAUGCUGAAGAACAACCUGAAACCGAAGCAGAGUAUCUUCGAGAGAGUGGUGCGAUGUUUGCUGCAGAACGAUAGAGUAGAUGAUUCGUUGCUUGUGUUGAACUGUAUGGUGAAGGUAGGUUACUCCCUUAGAGGUAUAGUUAUAAACCCUUCUUUGUGGUGUAAACUUCCGAAGAACAAUCCACUUUUUGUUAAACAAAAUAAAAGUUGAAACUUGGUUAAGAAUCAAAUACAGAUUGGAAUGGUACUUGCGUUAUUGAUUGCCACCUGUAGAACUGAUGGGAAAAGAGCUGCCCUGUUUGGCUUUCAAUUCCCGUUUCCACUUGUUGGCAAUUUUAUUGAGUGUAAUGGUACUUACGUUGUUUGAAACGGGUCAUGGUCCUCUAGAGUUCAAACCAGAUUUAACUGCUUUUUUCAAAUGUUAGGCGUUGUUGAAAAACUCAGCAGCACUGUCUGCAAUUCAAGAGGAAUAAACUGUAGGCGUUGCA